AAAGGUUUCUGUAUUACUUUAUGUGCUCUGUGAUAGCGUCUUUUCUGUGAACACUCUCAAUUCCAAAUAAGACCCUGACAUUGAAAAUUUACUUGUACAUACACAGGGGUUAUAUUAUGCUUCCUUGACCCUUGAAAUGAGUAUGGAUGCAGACAGAAAUCUUUGCGUUGUUCUCCCUAAGGUAUUGCCAUCAGAGAGUCAGCAAAAGUGGUUGACCAAGCCCAAAGGAGGGUGCUGAGGGGAGUUGAUGACCUGGGCUUUUUCAUAGGGCAUGAAGCCAUAGAUAAACCCACGUAUGCCACAAAGUGGCCAAUAAGACAUGGAAUAAUUGAAGACUGAGAUCUAAUGGAGAGGUUCAUGGAACAAGUUAUUUUUAAUUUUCCCUGAGCUGAACCUUAGGGCCAUCACUUUUUGAUGAGUUUUAGAAUUAAGACUCUCAUCCUCAGAAACCUUCCUAGCAGAUUUGCCCUGUCUGUCCGUGUCCAGUGUGGGCCCUAGAGGGGAACAAAAUUACUUUGGUACAUUUUGAUGAGUCAAGAUUCUCUCCUGUUGCUGGUGAGGGGACCACAUCUCAUCACCUGGCCCCAAGAGACAGAACCUCCUCUGAAUACACCAGAAAAUAAAGAAUAUCUUGCAGAAAUUAUGUUCAAAUUAUUUAAUGUACCGGGACUCUACAUUGCAGUUCAGGAGAAGUACUGUCACAUUUGCCCCAAUAUAGUCAAGAAGUUUGCCAAGUAUGACGUGGAUCAGCGGAAGUGGAUCAAACAGCAAACAGGGAACAAUGCCAUAAGCCAGAAGAAAUUCAUUAUCGAUGUUGGCUAGGAAAGUUUCCCAGGCCCUGAAAUUUUCUUUCACCCAGAGAUACUGAUUAACAUGCCAAGUAUAAUGCCUGGCCCAGGAAGCUCAGGAGAUGAAUCAAAUAACUUGACCAUGAAGGAGCACUGAGGAGGAGGCAGAGAUGAUCUCUGGCAUGGGUAUUCUUAUAGGCAUACUACAAGGCUCAGAGGCAGUGCAGAGGAAGAAAUGAGGAGCUCUUGGAAGUGGUGGGCAGAGGGCAAGUGUUUGGAAUGUUCUUUAAGAAUAGGUACACUUGAACUGACUCUUAAAAGAUGAGCAGGUGUUUGACAAGGCAAUGUGAACACCACAGAUAGAGGGGAGUGAAGCCACCUGGAAUCCUUCCUCUCUGCACUGCAAACAGUUUGGAUGGUUAGUGCAUAUGGCACGUGACUGUGCACAUUCUGUCCAUGUUGUGUGCACUGAUGAUUUAGAAAUGACAGAAGGGCAAGUGGUGAAGCUGGAGAGUUGCAGAAGCACACAGAGGAAGACUGCCUUACAUGGUUCUUCAAGGUAUUUGGACAUGAUCCUGUGGCAAAGCAAGUCAUUACAUGAUUAUUAAACUAAGCAGUAUUGGUGUGGAA